GCUCAGAUCACCGGAUAUGCGCUGGGCAAAUGGGGUGAUUAUUUCGCCUUAAUCGAGGGAAAGCAAGAUCAAGUUGUUUCUGGAUAUGCGUACCAGGCUCAGAAUGAAGCACACGCCCAGAAACUCGCAUACUACGAGACAAGCACUUACAAAGUUCACGACUGUCAGAUACGCUUCACAGAUGACAACCAGCUCUCAGAGCUCGGCGGAAAAACAUUCAUGUACGCUGGUGAUAAGCAAGCCUUGUUGGAG